AUGGAUGUCAAGGACACUAGGGAUAUCAAGGAUACGAACGAUAUCAAGAAUACUAAGGAUAUGUUCCUGGAGUGGUUCCCUCCAGGUUGGGAGUUCGUAGUCGAGGCAAUGCUGAUCCGCGCUGUACAGGCUUGUUGUAAUGCCUUCGUCAUCACCUCCACCUUCGCCUUCAUCGUCAGCGAGUUCCCGGACAACAUUGCCAAGCUCUUCGGUCCCCUUUCCGUCAUUAAUCCCCUUUUCCCCUCCGUAGGGGAGCAGGGGUCGAGGCAGGACACCCCCGCGAGGGAGGUGACGUUGCUGGACGUGGUGCGCAUCCCUGGGAUGUGGAUCAGCUUCGUCACCUUCGUCUUCUCGACGAUGAGCAACGGCUUCCUGUCCAUCACCCUCGAGGCCGUCGUCCUCAGGAAGUUCAACAUCUCACACCUACACGUUGGCUUCCUGUUUGGCCUCAAAGAUGGCGCCAACAGCAUAGCGUCGCCCAUGUGGGGGCUUCUGUGUGACCAUCUGGGCCACCUGCGGGCCAUCAUACUCGUCAGCUCCAGCUUGGCCGCCCUGUCCUUUACCCUCCUGGGGCCGCUGCCUGGCCUCCCUCUGCAGCGGACCCAUGCGCUCGUCGUAGCGGCGCUCGUCAUCAACGGCUUUGGUGUUGGCGGGCAGCAGGUGGCGGGCGUCGUGCACGCCAUGAAGAUGGCGGGGUCGGGUGGGCUGCCCAACAACUCCGCCACCCACGGCUUCGUCGCCGGCUUGUGGUCGUCGUUGUCGGGCGGCGGUCGCUUCGUCUCGCGCGCCACGUCGGGCUACUUCGUCCACCUCUUCGGCUUCCGCUACUGCUGCCUCGUCGUGGUCGUCCUGCACGUCAUUGUUUUCACAGUGACGGCAAGCUUCAUGUUGUGUGAACUGUUGGGGGGCAAAAGGUCCCCUACAGGGGGAGGGGAUCCCCCUCACCCCCUACCGGGGAGCUGCAUGAAAUCGUGUGAUGAUGACGCCCCCACCAUCACCGUUAUCACCACCACCACACCAUCAGAAGCUAUGGCGUCUAAAGCAAUCACAGUUCCGCGGCCGCAAGUUGUCGUGAACUUCUCCGACUGUUUGGACUUCACUCCUAUUAGGUGGCGCUUCAUGAAGCUGACAUGUGCUGUGAAACGCUUCAUGAAGCUGACAUGUGCUGUGCAACGCUUCAUGAAGCUGACAUGGGCUGUGCAACGCUUCACGGAGCUGACAUGUGCUGUGCAACGCUUCACGAAGCUGUUGUUUGCUGUGCAGCGCUUCAUGAAGCUGUUAUGUGCUGACUGA